UCCUGUGUGUCACAGUGACGGUCUCUUAAGCUGCAGAAAAGUGCACACUGAAGGAAAACAAAGAAACAGCGAUUCAGACUGUAUGGUGUUUAAUGAUAAGUUGAAAUCGCCAUGACAACAGUACACAGUACAACAUAAACAGACUCAAGACAUUCCAAAACACCAGACAUGGAAUGUAAAACAUAGGAAACACCACAUUUACGUGUGUGUGUAUAUAAUUGUUGUCUAUUUCUUUUUGUCUUUAUAAAGAAGGGAUGAAUGAAAUCCGUCCAUCGGUCUACAGAGCCGCCAUGAAGCUCCUGUCUCUGCAAAAACUCUGUCACAGUGAGUAUCACCGUAUCUCAAUCAACUAUCACAACAUGGUUACAAGCUAUCACAGCAUGACAACCAACUAUGACAACAUGAAUUCCAAUGAUCAGAACAUGGCUACCAUGUUGAGAUAGUUGGUAUCUAUCUCUCAACAUGACUACCAACUAUCACAACAUGGCUGCUAACUAUCACAGCGUGGCUGAAUAGUAAAUAUGAGUGUUUGUGUUUCCAGUGGAUGUUGUGUUCGUUCGACACAUCACGGCGGCCCUGCACUCAGUGGGCGGAGCUAAACAGCAGCAGGACGUGAUGAUGAACAAGGAGGAAGUGACCCAAACCCUGAACAGGAUGUUUCACAGCGUGUCACAGGAUGUGCCAGGUCAUGUGACCAUGGCGGCUCCAGAGGAGACCUGCAGUCUGAUGCUGAGGCUGUUUGACCGGAGUCACAGUGGUUGUGUGUCAGCUCGCUCCCUUCAAACUGCUCUGAUCGCUCUGUCUGCAGACAAUCUGCUGCUGAAGUUCAGAGGUCUGGUGAGUGUUACAAGGAACAGUUCGGGAUCCGUCAGCAGGUCUGGGCUCAGAUCUCUGCUGCAGGACCUCAGCCAGGUUCCUGCGGCGGUGCAGGAGGAGGUCGUGUUCGGCAGCGUGGAGGCAGCGGUGAGAUCGUGUUUCGACGGGGUGAGAAUGCACGGACGCUUGGUGGUUGGUGGUCGUCAUGGAAACACUCCGACUCUUUUGACUCUCUUACAGGUGCUGACCCCGACGGCGAGCGAAGAACACAUGAUGUCAUGGCUGCAGAGCGAGCCACGCCUGUUGCUAUGGCUACCCACUCUGUACCGGCUGUCAGUUGGUCAGAACAUCAGUCACAAUGUCCGCUGUCACACCUGCAAGACCCUCCCCAUCACUGGGCUCAGGUAUCGAUGUAUGAAGUGUGUGAAUGUCCAUGUGUGUCAGAGCUGCUUCCUGACCGACCGACAAACCAGGAAACACAAAAUCCACCAUCCAGUGCUCGAGUUCUGCACUCAGCCCACCUGGAGAGAGUCUCUGUCCUCAUUAGUGCAAAGUGCUCGUCAUUCCCUGUUGCCACGGCGACACACUCAGAGAGAGGCUGUUAGGCAGAGACUUCUGAUGUGGGCGGAGCCGGCAGAGACCCAGGACAGAGCUCCGCCCCCUUCUGACGCCUCAUCACGAUUGGCCGAUCCAGCUCACAGUCCCCCCUCUGACGGGGGGGUUUCCCAUGAUGCCUCGGGGCGGCGGCCGUCUCCUCCUCGGUGCUCCACUAAAGCUCUGCAGACGGACGAGGAGAUGCCGAGUCAGCAGGCCUCUCUGCUGACCGAAGUCAGAAAUCUGCAGCGAGACAGAUGGCUGUUGGAGCAGCAGCUGCAGGCCUGGCGGCUGACUGUCCAAUCAGAGCAGGGCGUCCUGGAGGACAGGUGCUCGGAGAUGGAGGUCACCAUGGAAACGCUGAGGCAGCACAACACCUGUCUGCAGGGCAUGCUCACUCAGGCUCUGAACAAGAUGGAGGCUCAGACACACGCUAACAACACGCCAGAACACGUGGAGAACACGGAGGGAGGGAACAUCACACCAUCCUCCAACUCAGAAGAAGAAGACGAAGAGGAACUGAUGGAGGCAGAGGAGGAGUGGAGUGAAGACGAACUGCAAACUCCACCUCCCACAAUCCACCGGGGCUCUCCUCUGUCACAUGAUCAGCACUGGGAGGAGGAGGAGUCUGCAGAUGAGGUACGUCUCCAUCAUCCAAUAGGACCACAGGACAGACCAAAGGAGGCGGAGCUACACGGACAAGACACUUGCCCAUCUGAAGAAGGAGGAGGUGGGGAUUGUGGGAAGUGUAGUCCAGAGAAGCUGCUGCAGGAGACAGUGGACAGACUGAAGACCGAGAUGGAGACAGACGGGUGGACCGAGAGACAGACAGGUGAGAUAAAGGGGGCAGAGCUCCUGCAGGCUGCUGACCAGGUGGGACGGUCUGUCCAGCAGCUGGUGGACGAAGUGAGGACAGAGUGAGGACAGAGUGAGGACAGAGUGAGGACAGAGUGAGCAGCGACUCUCGUUCAGGUUAUAAAAUUGUUUAUUGAGCGUUUAAAUAAAGUUAUAAAACAGGCACCUGCACAACCAGGUGGGUUUCCAUAGAAACGUCCAGCUGCCAUUCAUCAUCGUAAUCAUCAUCAUCACCACCACCACCACCAUCAUCAGCAGCAGCAGCUACAGGUCGACAUUUAAAACACUGAUUCCUGUGAUUUCAUUCCACUUUCAUGACGAGUGAUAAAAUGUAGAAGAUAACAAAUAUCGUCUGUUUGAUGAGACUGAUGUGGAAUGAAACGCUGAAGAUGUUCAGACUGUUCCAGGUCCUUAGAGGAGGGUCCACCUUUAUCUCCUCUAACGGAGAACCUCAACUUCAUGACAUUCAGGAGGACCACAACCAAUCACUGGAUCUCUACACGUGUUUCUGAUGAAACAGAGGAACCUUCAUCAGCUGCUUGGUCACAACCACUGGAGACCAUGGAAGAAGGAACCUGGACCAUUUAGACCAGGGGGGUCAAACAUGAGGCCCGUGGUCCAAAAGUGGUCCUCCAGAGGGUCCAAUCCGGUCCUCAAAGAGUCAAAAUCACAGAGAAGACAUUAACUGCAGAUUGUAAAUCAGUAAAACUAUGAAUUUAAAAUAGUUUCUAGAUCAUGACAAGUUGUUUGGAUCAGAAGGUAAAAUACUAGAUUGUUCUUUGUUCUUUUGUGUCAUAUUUUGUCUUGUGUUGUUUUUUGUCUGACUUUAUCUCAUGUUUGUCGUUUUGUGGAGUUAUGUCACUGCAACUUUUUUGUCUCAUUUUGUUUCUCACUUUUGUCAUUUUGUGGGUUUUUCGUCUCACUUAUUUUUUGUCUACUGUUUUGCCGUUUUGUUUUUGCUUCCAUCAUAUUUUUGUCGCUUUGAAGCUUUUUCAUCUAAUUAUUUGUUUUUGUUUCAUGUCGUUUGUCUAUUUUUUUGUCGUUUUGUUCCUCGUUUUUGUCUUAUUUUUGUCUUUUUUGUGGUUGUGAUCCUCCAGUAAACCCUCCAUGGUUCAGGUC